ACAUGCGUUAAAAAAAAAAAGAAAAAAAAGAGUUGUUCGUUUUCGUUCAUUUUCCCCGAUUCUUUUACAAGUCUUGAACUCUUCUGAGUUCACACAGUUCCCAUUUCCUUGCGUUGAACGGUUGAAGGCGGCAAGUAGAGAUUUUCUCGCCUUCAAUGGCGGCUCAUAUAUUUCUUUUGCCCCUCGCGCGUUUAGGGUAGUGUCUUCCUUUUUUUUUUUUUUCUUAAUAUCUCAGCGAUGCAAUUUUCCAUGUCUGAAUUUUAUACGUUCAAUCUCUCACUUUAACAAAUAUGUAUUCUACACAUUCAUCAUUUCAUGUCUAUAUCUAGGGCCUGAAUUUCGUUAUAUUGUUGUUUUGUUCAAAAGUUUCUCUUUUAUAUAGAGAGCAAAGAUAGGUGUUUGAUUUGUUAAUUUAAGUUGUUGAUUUGAGUUGAGACUAUUUGUUCCACGGCUCUGGUUUUGAUACCGGCACUAGGUUUUAGCUUACUUGGUCUGGUUUUCGGUUGAUGGAAGAGCCGAGCCAGCUGAAACGGGCGUUGAUAGAUUCAACGGCGGGAGUUAUAUCUGGUGGCAUUUCUCGGACGAUAACAUCGCCACUUGAUGUUAUCAAGAUUAGAUUCCAGGUUCAGUUGGAGCCCACUUCUUCAUGGGCUUUGCUUCACAGAGAUUUGUAUGGAACAUCAAAGUAUACUGGUAUCUUGCAAGCGACCAAAGACAUAUUUAGAGAGGAAGGCUUGCCGGGUUUUUGGCGAGGUAAUGUACCGGCGCUACUUAUGGUUAUGCCUUACACUGCCAUACAAUUUACAGUGUUGCAUAAAUUGAAAACUUUUGCAGCAGGUUCAUCAAAGACAGAGGAUCACAUUCAUUUGAGCCCUUACUUGUCUUACAUAAGUGGAGCAUUAGCUGGAUGUGCGGCAACUGUUGGAUCAUAUCCAUUUGAUCUUCUGAGAACCAUUUUAGCUUCACAGGGUGAACCAAGGGUAUAUCCUACCAUGCGAUCUGCAUUUGUUGACAUAGUCAGAACCCGUGGCUUUCGAGGAUUAUAUGCUGGAUUAUCACCAACACUGGUUGAGAUCAUUCCUUAUGCAGGCUUACAAUUUGGCACCUAUGAUACAUUUAAGCAAUGGAUCAUGGCAUGGAAAAGAUUUAGUUCUUCUCAUAUCGGCUCAACUCAGAUGGAUGGCAGCCUUUCAAGUUUCCAGCUCUUCCUAUGUGGUUUGGCAGCCAGCACAUGUGCUAAAGCUGUGUGCCACCCUCUUGAUGUGGUCAAGAAACGGUUCCAGAUUGAAGGACUACAAAGACAUUCAAAGUAUGGGACUCGAGUUGAGCACCAAGCUUAUAGGAACAUGUACCAUGCCCUAUGCCGUAUCUUGCAGAUGGAGGGACGGACUGGCCUUUACAAGGGCAUUUUUCCAUCCAUUGUUAAAGCUGCCCCAGCUGGUGCAGUCACAUUUGUGGCAUACGAGUAUAUAUCAGACUGGCUGGAGUUCAUCUUCACAUGAAACUAACUUCUUUUUGUUUUUUUUUUGUUUUAUUUAUCAUUCUUUUUGUUGUAUUAUGAAGCCCAUUUGACGGGCAAAGGGGAAUGAUUCAUGCUAAAGUUGGUGUUUCCAAAGAUAUAAAAAAGAAAUAAAAAAUAAAAUAAAGGUGGAGCCCGGAGGUGA